AGUGGUCAGCUGGUCACGGAAAGACUACUUUAAAGCAUAAGGCCCUCCCUCUAGUACCAUUACCAUUUUUCCAUCUCCGAUUCCAAUCUCUCCCAUUUCUCUCUCCUGAUCUACCACCCCACCCCCCUCUUUUCUCCUCUCAGAAUGGCAAACAGCAAUCUUCCCCGAAGAAUCAUCAAGGAAACUCAGCGCCUUCUUAGUGAGCCAGCUCCUGGAAUUAGUGCUUCUCCCUCAGAAGAGAAUAUGCGCUACUUUAAUGUUAUGGUUCUGGGACCUUCUCAAUCUCCUUAUGAAGGGGGUGUCUUUAAGUUGGAGUUGUUUCUACCAGAAGAGUACCCAAUGGCACCUCCAAAGGUCCGUUUCUUGACUAAGAUUUAUCAUCCGAAUAUUGAUAAGCUUGGAAGGAUAUGCUUAGACAUCCUUAAAGAUAAAUGGAGCCCAGCCCUGCAGAUCCGAACAGUAUUACUAAGUAUCCAGGCUCUUUUGAGUGCUCCCAAUCCAGAUGAUCCACUUUCAGAGAACGUUGCGAAGCACUGGAAGAGUAAUGAAGUUGAAGCUGUGGAAACAGCAAAGGAAUGGACGCGCUUAUAUGCAACAGGUGCUUGACAGUGGGAGCUUAUCACACAAUUGGAUAUCCCCAUUGUAAUUUAAAACCAAAUUACAAUUACUACUGGAUUUUUCAUGGAAAUGGAAAGUGAUGGUGUUUUGAUGAUUAGUAUGAUAACCCGAAGGCCUCCAAUUGCUGGUUGUAGAUGAAUCUCAUCAUAAAACUGCUUCAAUCAUGCAUUGUCGAUUUGUUGUCAACAUUUGUAAUUCUUAUUUCGUACACUUACAAUCGUGUUAUUUUGGCAUGUUUUUAUCGGGUGUUUAAGAGGGGCUUGGAAGGUUCACAAUGGUUGCAAAUUAUUCCAUGGGGCUGUAGAUGAUAUAUGUCUAUAUCGGGUCUUCAGUCAUCCGCUUCCAUUGCAUUUAAUCAAGCUUCUAAUGCUAUUUUUGUCAAAUUUGCUCCUUGUUAUGACUUGGUGAAUCUACCCAAACGUUUUUCAAUAUUAUCUUACAUUCAGAUUGUAUAUAA